UGCGCCGUGUCGUUUUUCUUGAAAGCUUUUCGUCUCUACUGGGACUUGUUCGGUUUUCUUGCUUUUUUCGUCCUUGCUUACCACUUGCCGCGUCGUCCACUGCGCUUCAGCGCAAGAAAAAGCGCUGAAGUAGUACCACCUCCGUGUCAAUGUCAUCAACAAACUCAAGAUUUUGAAAAUGAGCACUUCUUUUUCAGCAUGUCAACCUACCAGGCUUCUACGAAGAUGAACGUGCGCGUAUCCCGUGUCACAUUCAAGAUAAAAUCGACCCAGAUGGAUUGUUAGUUUUAGGCGUUUCUGAAUAUUAAUGUAGUACCUACUUGUUGACCUUGAGUGUGAGUCUAUGUCUAGCUGCAGGAUACAAAUCAAUACUUUAUUUUCUCCUGCACCACUUCUGAUCAACAUCCGGCGGUAACGAUGUUUCAAAAUCUAGGAAGUUUCUUCACCGCGUCCUUGUCCGAGGAGAGCCAGCGUGACGGUGACCUCGAGGAGGCCGAGGAGCCUGUGGUGGAUCUGGAACAAGGAGAUUUCAGGUUUCUUCCGGAACAGGACGAGGAACAAACUACAUCAAGCUGGGGCGAUGCUUUUCCUGCUGGGCAGGACGAGACCGAGAGAUUACCUCUACAGUGGGGUCGUCAGCAGGAAGAUCAGGAGAAUUUUGUCCCCAGUGGUGAUGGUGAACUAGACACUGAACUUCUUCUUGAGCAGGGGUUGUAUCAUGACGACUAUGACGACGAGCAGCUGCAAUAUGGUUUUGGCUUUUGGGAGGCGGGGGACGAAGACGACAGUAGUUUUAUUCCUCACACAUCAGCAGAAAGAGGAACUUCAGCACCUGUCGGCAACAGUACUACUACUCUCUUCGGAGGCAUGCUCGCUCAUCGGCACCACGAGGGUGAGGCCGCGGGAGUAGACGAAAAAGACCCCGCCGCCAACCUUUCGGCGGGGGCGGAUGAAGAUAAUUCGGAGGCGCUCGCGCGCGCACUCGCGGAAGUGAACCGGUCGGAACUGGAUGAUGCGGUGCUCGUCUUGGGCGCGGAGGUCGAUGCUGACCCGGGUGCGGACGGGGCCGCGGGCGGGGCCGCGGCUGCGGUGGCCGCCGGAUCUAUGUACGGCGGGUACGGAAUGGGUAUGCCGAUGCGGGGUCCGAGUAUGAAGGGCAUGCCUUUCGGAAGCAUGGGAGGCCGGGGCUCCAUGGCCCUCGGGCGUGGCAGUAUGCUCAUGGGAUCCAAGGGCGGCUACGGGAGCAUGGCGGGGUCCAAGAUGAUGGGCUCUAAGGGGUGUGGGAGCAUGAUGGGCUCUAAGGGUGGGAGCAUGACUAUCCAAGCAAAGAUGAAGGUGCAGUUGCGUCUGCUUGUUCAACUUCUCUAGUCUCGUGCGAUCAUGAUAAUAUUCGUGCAUUGUAUCUAUAAUGAUUUCAAUUCACUUUUGCAAAGACAUCUGCGUGUUCGACAAAAAACAAAAUAAGGAAAUUUGUUGAGCAAAUGCAACUGCUCAUUUUUUAGCUGGAUGAUUCACAUGCGGAGCAGCAUGGGUAUGA